AUGUCUUCCAGCGGCUCGAACUACCCCAAUUCACCCUCCUUCAGGACCCCUGGUUCUCCAGGACUCAAAUCUAGACAGACAUCCAUCGUUGAAAUGCUCUCCAGCCCUCCGCAGCUCGACCCUGGCUAUGAAAACAUAACUUCUAUCGAUUUGUCAGCGGUAUCGCCGCAGUAUGGGAAUGUUGCGGCUGGACAACUGUCUAGGAAUACCUCUUUGUCCUCGCAUACCAGCUCCAUCCACUCCGCAUUGCAAACUAGUGGUGACUGGUACGAGGUGCCUUUGUCGGAACUUGUCGAGCAGAAUAAGCUCAUCUUAAUCAGAAGUGAUGUCUCCGUGGAACUGGCAUUUGACACUUUGGUGAGGAACAAUCUGACAUCUGUGCCUGUUGAGCAAUACGCAAACGAUCUCAACUGUCUCACCUUUGACUACACAGAUCUAAAUUCUUAUCUGCUGCUAGUCCUCAACAAACUCAAAGCUGAAAAGAUAUCUGCCAUCGACUAUGAACCUAAGUCUGAUAUUCCUCUGAUCAUAAUGCGUGCUCAGAAAGGAGAGUCUGUGCCAGUUAGCUUUGUGAUAAAACUGACCAAUAAGAACCCAUUCAUUAAGUUAAACGAAACAGACACACUUUCCACAGUUGUUGAGAUUAUGGGCAAUGGAGUUCACCGUGUUGCAAUCACUAAUAACAACAAGAUCACAGGUAUCUUGUCACAAAGAAGAUUGAUCAAGUACUUGUGGGAAAACGCCAGAAGAUUCCCUUCUCUGGAGCCCGUUCUGAACUCUUCUUUGCAGACGCUUAACAUAGGCUCAAACUCUGUUGUUUCCAUCUACGGUGACCAGUUGCUGAUGGAAGCUCUCUUGAAGAUGCACGAUUUGAUGAUCUCGUCAUUGGCGGUGAUCGACCGCAAUCACAACCUUUUGGGCAAUAUCUCUGUAACAGAUGUGAAACACGUUUCCAAGAGCUCUAAGUCAGAUCUGUUGUAUAAGAGUUGUUUGCAUUUCAUUUCGGUGAUUCUUGGAACUAGAGGUCUUGAAAACGGAAAGGACUCGUUCCCAAUAUUCCACGUGACUACAAACUCGUCGCUUGCAAGGACAAUAGCCAAGCUCGUGGCAACGCAAUCACACAGAUUGUGGAUUGUCAGGCCAUAUGGUGAAGACACAAAACCCCAGUCGAACGUCCAACAGACCCAACCUGUUUCGCAGUCAAUGCACUUUACGCAAUCCAACCAUUCCUCGGCGUCUUCGAUCAAUUCGCAAAACUCGCCUAUCGGUAAUUUUCAGAAAGACGAUUCGGGUCAUCCAGGCCGGCUUGUGGGUGUCGUAUCCCUUACUGAUAUUCUUUCGUUUCUGGCAAAAACUCUUGGAAAAGAUCACGUGGAUCCCACUAGUGCAAGAAAGCAGAGAAGACGUUCUUCCUCUUCGUCUAAUCGCAGUGUGAAUUCCCGGUCGAGUUUGGAGCAGUUUAGGAGGAGUGUAGCCGGGGCUGCAGAGUUUAGGUGA